GCUCGAAGAGAGAUGUAUAUACCAGCAGUGAGUCCUCAAGUUUUAGCGGCGAUGCUCGACAAGUCAGAUGCCCUUAAACUGGGAUGUGCUCGCCGAGGUUAUGAUCUGGCUCGACCGCCCAGAUACCACUCGGAUGUCACGCACGUGUCGGGCUUUGCGGGUAAUAGCCCCUCGAAUGCUCUUGAAGGACGUAGUUCUUAUUUGGCGCGCCGAGCAACUCUCAUCUUUGUGCCGCUUCAUGUUUGCAGAUCGGCGACGCUUUCGGUUCCUGCGUAAGCUGAGCCUUGAGUUCCUUGUGGAAGCCGAAGACCUUGAGUUGGGCAGACUCACCGCCGACCUCUUCUCGCACUUGACAGAGCUCGAAUGGCUUGACUUUUACGACUGCCGCCUUCUAGAACUUCACAAGUCGGUUCUUCCUCCUAUCUCGGCUUUGGCGAAGCUGCAGACUCUGAAACUCGAGAACCUCACCGAACAUACCUACAAAUUUAUCAAGAAUACACGGCUUCCUCUCCUCGAAAUCGUGAUCAAUUUUCAUGGGUACUACCACUUUGUUGAUCCCAUUCCGGUGCUGUCACCCUUUAGACACUCGUUGAAGAAAGCGACCGUCACAUUCGUCGACCUAUCGGCUCGGGGUGUUCGGUACCCGCUCGUCACUACCCUUCAUGUGGGCGACUGCGACGCUGCCGAACUCCGAGUCCUAGAAUCCUGUUUUCUCAAUCUUCGCGAGCUUUCUUUCGAAAGUGCUCAUGAGGAAGUCAUGUGGUCCGGUGGGGAGGUGGAGAUGACACGCAAUCUCAACCUAAAUCCGGAAAUUCGGGACCCGUGGGCCUCGCUCGCCCGCCUUACAGGAGACAUUCUCAGCUUGUACAUCCUCGGCGUCCAAUGCAGAGAGUGGAACACCCGGACGUAACUUCUGUGCCAAUUUUUAGGCUGGUACAUUACCAGAGGCUCAACACCAUGCUCGCCGACUUUCG